AUGAGUGCAGAGAUGCAUCAUCUAGAGCCUGCAUUACAGCAUCAAAACCCCCAUCAUAAGAAAGCAGCUUACCUUGCAAUAUCAGUCAUUGCAGAAGGAUGUUCUGAAUUCAUCAGAUACAAAUAUCUGCAAAAUUUUGUUCAAAUAAUAUGUCGAGGUAUAAAAGAUCAAGAUGCUAUUGUUCGCAAUGCAGCACUCUAUGCGGUUGGACAGUAUGCUGAAUAUUUACAGCCAGAUAUAAGUAAAUAUGCAUCUGAGCUUCUUCCUGUACUUUUUGAACACUUGGAUCGGGCAUGUGUAUCUUUAAAGGAAGGCAAUAAAGACUCUCCGAGCUUACUGAAAACAUUUUAUGCUGUUGAAAGAUUCUGUGAAAAUUUAGAGGAUAUAGUACCAUAUUUGCCUACAUUGAUGUGUUGCUUGACAACCUUUCUUGGGAUAGAAAACGAAAACUCUGUAACUGUCAAAGAAUUAGCCGUUGAAGCAAUAGGAUCAGUUGCUGCAGCUGCUAAAGAGCAUUUUGUUCCUUAUUUUCCUGCUGUGGUGGAAGUACUGAAAAAAUUCAUUUCUGAAACUCAGACAGAUGUUACAAGACCCUUGCAGAUACAGUCAAUCGAUACACUAGCAAUUAUUGCCAGAAGUGUAGGUACUGAAGUAUUUUUACCUAUUGCACAUGAAUGUGUUAAAUGUGGUCUGCACUUAAUGCAAGAAAAUGAUGAUCCUGAUAUUCGUCGUUCUUGUUAUGGUUUAUUUGCUUCAGUGUCAGUUGUUCUGAAAGCUGAUAUGGCUCCUUAUUUGUCUACCAUUGUAGAUCUCAUGCACAUAACCCUUAAGUCUGCUGAAGGAAUUAGUAUAAAUACAAGUUAUGGAGACAGCAAUACUGCUUUCACCUUGUUUGAAGAUGAUGACGAUGAUGAUGAAGAAAAUGGUCAGAUGAAUGAUGGCAAUAUUCUAAAUUUAGAUGAGAAAGAAGAAGAUGAUGAUGAUGAUGAUGAUGUUACUGGGUACAGUGUUGAGAAUUCUUAUAUGGAAGAAAAAGAAGGAGCUUGUUUAGCUCUCAAAGAAAUGUGUGAAGAAGUUGGCUUGCAUUUUGUGCCAUACAUUGGCAAUUCUUUCAAUGAGGUAAAAAAACUGACUGAAAGCCCAUCCGAUGACAUCAGGAGGGCAGCCAUUAGUUGCUUAACUCAGUUUUGUAUUUCUCUGAAUCAAAUACAUAUUGAGACUGGAAAUCUCGAGUGCAGAGUUGCUCUAGAAGAAAAACUUGCAACUCUGAUGCCAAAGAUGUUUACACUUGCCCGAGAAGACACUGAGCAUACAGUUGUCAUUUCUUGUCUUGAAAACUUGCAACUUCUUGUUGAUAAAGUAAAGCAAAUUACUCUGUACGGUGGAAAUAUAGAUGCAAUUAGUUCAUUAAUCAAAGACGUGUUUAAGAAUAAGUUGGCUUGUCAAGACGAAGACGGUGAUGAAGAUGAUCAGGAAGCCGAGUAUGAUAGCAUGGUUAUGGAAUAUGCAGGGGAGUUAAUUGCUUCGCUUAUUAAAGUUGUACCCUGGCAACAGUUUGCUCCGUACUUGGCGGGUUUGAUGCCUCUCCUUUUGGCAAGAACGAAAAAAGCCUGCACAACAUCUGAAAAAUCUUUUGCUGUGGGCACGCUUGCUGACAUCGUCAGCUCUAUGGAGCCUGGAUCUGUUCAACCUUUCUUAGUUCACUUGCAACCUGUUUUUCUCAGUGGUAUGAAAGAUGAAAAUGAAGAAGUGAGAAGUAAUGCAGUCUAUGGUCUUGGUGUGCUGAUCCAAAAUGCUGGAUCUUUAGUUUUCGAUCAAUAUUCACUAUAUUUGCAAGCAUUGUCCAACAUUAUUGCUAGUGAGCAAGAUGCCCGCACAAAAGACAACAUUUGUGGUGCUGUUGCAAGAUUGAUAAAAAGCAAUCCUUCUGGUGUACCAUUGAAAGAAGUGUUUCCAGCGUUGAUCCACUCUCUUCCCCUGCAGGAAGAUUUAGAAGAAAAUUCUACAGUUUUUGAAUGUUUGUCAUUUUUGCAUAGCAUAAGAGCAGAAGAAUUCUUUCAAAAUUUACCUCAUGUUGUGAAAGUUUUAUGUGAAGCUUUAAGUAGCAGUAAACUUAAUGAAAGUACAGUUCAUACAGCAACAUCUUUACUGAAAAACUUAUGCUCUGAAUUUCCUCAACAAAUGGACUCUUUAAAAAGCUCUUUCCCUCAAGAAAGUAUUGAAAUUAUUGAAAAAGUUAAAUCCAUAUAGCAUUUAUGUAAAAAGAUAUUAAAUAAAUUCUUCAUUUCAUAA